AUGGCUCCAAGCAAGACAGCCCAACACGCUCGAUCAUCUUCAGUCGACGAACAAUCCGAUUCUUCAAGCGACAAUGAAUCAAAGCAAAUGACAAGCUCAAACACCAAUCAACUCAACCAGUCGAGUAACGCACAGCAAACACAGCCCGUGCAACCAGCUGGUCAGCAACCUCAGAAGAAGAAAAAGAGCAGUGCACCUCGUGUGAGGUUAGAUAUGGAUCUCGAUAUGGAGUUGCAACUCAAAGCCAAGAUUCAAGGUGAUCUCGAAUUGGCCGUCUUACGAGACCCCGAAAACACCAACCCCUCAGCGCUUGAAGAUAGAUCUAGUUCUACACAGGUUGAUGAUGUUGUAUCGUCGAUUCCUGCCGAGCAGGUCACCAUAAACAAGGAAAUAUUCGAAAGGCUCAAGAGGCUGGAGGAUACUAUGUUUCCGGUACAGACGGAGUCGAUACAGCCCGAAACGGUAGCCCAAGAUCUUCCUCAUGAUGUGCCUCCGUCAGCCACAUCUGUUCAAACGGCGCCCGCUCAACCUGCACCUGCACCUGCUCAUGCUGCAGCAUCCCUCAACAGCCACGAAUACCUGGUCUCCCAACUUCCGCCGCUUGCCAAAGCGAAUCUCCUCUUUGAUCACUUUGCAGUGACUCUACAUUCCACGCUCCUCAUUGCCAACAACCGAAAAACUCCCCAAACCGAUGAGCUACUAUUGUUCUUCAGCAUCUUCGCAGGGGCAUGCAUGUCAUGGACGGAUGAGCUUCUGGUCAAGGUGGAGGCAACGAAGGGAGAAGUAACAUCUGACUUUGACAAGUACUUCCAUCUCGCAAUGGCUAUGGCGGAUGACUCCCGAAAGCCGUUACCGCAGACUGUCACAGCUGUCGCAGCUCUUGUUAAUCUAUCUCAUGUUGCCAUCAAUUCCGAUGACGUCUUCCCGAUCAAGGCCCUUACACUUCGCAGUCGUUGUUAUUACAUGUGUCGAGCUAUGAUGAUUCAUCGCCUUGACGCUCCGGCAGAGCAAGAGCAGAGGAACAAGGCUGAUACUAAUGUUAGUCCUAACUUUAUCGACCUUGAGGUCCAACGGCGUGUAUGGUGGCACCUAGUCGCUACUGAUUGGUUGACCGCCUUCUCCGGAAGCUCUCAAGAAGGUGUCUACACGAUCAUGCCAAAGUUCAUGAACAUCAAGAAACCAGACCAUGCGGAUGACAUCACAUCAGGAGGUAUGAACUUAUUAUAUCGACCCCCAGCCUAUACGAUCACAGAGACGGCCUUUCUUCUGCAGAGGAUACGACUGGCCGAGAUCUGCCGUGAGAUCAUCGACGCUUUACCUUCCAUGACCGAGGACAUUAUCGAACAAGACUACAAUCUGAUAUACACCCUCAGUGAAAAACUGCAAAAUUACAGCCACAGCCUACCAGACUAUCUCAAACUCAACCCGAGUGAGGAGGCCCGUACCAGAGAGAUCUGGAGACAAAGGCCGUACAUCCACUGGCAAAGAAUAAGCCUCCAUCUCGGUCUUCACGCGCGUAUCUGCCGACUGAAUCGACCAUACCAGAUCGAGUCAUAUGCACACAAGGAAUUUUUCUACUCGCGCGUCACGAGCCUCGCGUCAGCGCAUAAAGUCCUCGAGCUUCGACGUAUGAUGGACGAUCCCCAGACAAGAUCUACCUUCAAAGCUGAGCGGUACUGGGCUAUUUUACAGCAUGUCACAACGGCUGCCGUGACACUCGCAUUCGACGCGUCCCUGAACCCAGAUAAAUCAGGAGCUGAAAUAUCGAGGCAGAGCGCCAUGAAGGCCUACCAGACCCUUCAACAGUCAAGAAGCGAUACAUCAAUCCUGGUAAAGGGAAUUGAGAAGAACAUGAGAAGAGUCAUAAGUAAUCUUGAGGGGAAUGAUUAUUUAAGGAAGUCUACAGUACCAGAGCCUUGGCAGGCACCGGCACUUGUGGAGGACUUUGCCAUGUCUGCAGACUAUUCGCACCAGCUCUGGACAGACUUUUUGGCAAACGUGCCUGAUACUAGAAUGUUUGACUGGGAUUCUCUGCUAAACGAUGUCGAGCUCGACUAUGAGAAACUAUUUGGUGUUACAUUUGAGACAUGA